AUGUCUUGGAGAGAUCAUGGAUCCAUCACAGAGUUCCUUCUCAUGGGGCUCUCUGACAACCCCCUCAUCGAGGCUCUGCUUUUCGUGCUGUUCCUGGGGAUUUACCUCCUCACCAUGACGGGGAACCUGAUGCUGCUGCUGGUGAUCAGGGCUGACUCCCACCUCCACACGCCCAUGUACUUCUUCUUAAGCAACCUGUCCUUCCUGGACCUCUGCUUCUCAUCCGUCACGGUACCAAAGCUGCUGAAGGACCUCCUGUCUGAGAAGAAAAGCAUCUCGAUAGAGGGCUGCCUGGCUCAGGUCUUCUUUGUGUUUUUUUCUUCUGGGACUGAAGCCUGCCUGCUCUCCGUCAUGGUUCAUGAUCGCUAUGCUGCCAUCUGCCAUCCACUGCUUUAUGGCCAGGUGAUGAGAACUGAGCUGUGUGCGAGGCUUGUGUUGGUCUCAUGGGGCGUGGCCUCUCUCAAUGCAACCAUCAUUGUGCUCUUGGCUGUGAACCUGGACUUGUGUGAGGCUCAGACUAUUCACCACUACCCCCGUGGGCUGCCUGCCCUUUUCCCCCUGUCCUGUUCAGAUAUCUCCGUCACUGUUGACAUCCUGCUUUGCUCCAGCUUAUUGCAUGGGCUGGGAACCUUUAUCCCAAUCUUCUUCUCCUAUGCCCGCAUUGUCUCCACCAUGCUGAGCAUCAGCUCCACGAUGGGCAGAAGCAAAGCCUUCUCCACCUGCUCGUCCCACCUCACUGCAGUGACCGUGUUCUUUGGGUCAGGCUUUCUUUGCUAUCUCAUGCCCCCUUCUGGUUCUUCCCUGGGUUUGCUCUUGUCUUUGCAGUACAGCGCAGUCACACCCAUGCCGAAUCCCCUCCUCUACAGCCUGAAAAACAAGGAGGUAAAGGCGGUUGUGGAAAGGAUAUGGAGAAAGUAUCCUCUUUAA